UACGCACACAUAGACACAGUAAUGCGGAAGCAUGAUACACUCUGGGGUACUCAGCUGUGCAGAAUUCUCUUAGAGAGGUUAAGGAACAUUUGCCAGGACAUGGACUUUAGCCAAAAGAAGCACUGAAGACUGUUUGACCUUUUGGACGGUGCGCCCAACCACUUCAGCUGCCCUAGGAGAUCUGAACGGAGUGCAGUGACGCAAGGGUACAUCUAGUUUCAUAAUGGCAGUCCCAAAUGACCUCUCCAUUUUCAACUACACCUCCUCCCCUUUUUCAACAGCAGAGAUCUAUGUGAACACCUCCCUGCCUCCAACUGCUUCCCCAUGCUCAGACUGGUCUACAUUACCCAUGACUACAGUCAUUCCCACCAUCUACAGCGUCAUCUGCGUGCUGGGAACCAUAGGCAACACCUUGGCAGUGUGCGUUUUGGCUCAUGGUGGUUCUUCAAGGAGAACUGUGGCUAACACCUUCAUGUUGAACCUUUGUGUCUCCGACCUGCUGUUCCUGCUGUCUCUCCCGCUGUGGGCAGUCUACUACUCACAGGGCUACAGUUGGCCCUUUGGUCGAGUGACCUGUAAAAUCUGUGGAGCUCUUCAUACCCUGAACCUUUAUGCAUCCAUCUUCUUCAUCUCAUGCAUGAGCAUGGACCGUUACUUGGCCAUAGUGCACCCACUCCGCUCCCAGCGUGCUCGAGACCCCAAACGUGCCCGGCUCAUGUGUGUCCUGGUGUGGGUUCUAGCAUGUGCUUGCUCAGCCCCCACCCUGGCUCUGAGGGAUACUUACCAUCUUGAAGGGCUUGGAGUUGAGGCCUGUGUGAUUUUUUAUCCUUCUCAUAUUUCAUUCCUGACCCUGGUUUUGAUGAAGAUUGUCCUGGGCUUCCUGUUGCCACUGCUUGCUAUCUCAUGUUGCUACUUUGCCAUUGGGAGGCAUUUAUUGACUGAUACAGUUUUAGUGAGAAUGCAGAGUCAAUCACAUCCCCCCAACAUGCCCUCCUUUAAAUUAUCAGAGUCCCAGGAGAGCUGUUGUAAACCAGAGCGACCCCCGACCCCCUGUGUCAGUCCCAGGUCCAGCAGUGGCAAACCCCCGAUGGGUAGAGGGGUGGAGAGGGUUUUGUGGACGGUUGCAGCUGUUGUCCUGGCGUUCUUCUUCUGCUGGUUCCCCUUCCACUGUGUGACCUUCAUUGACAUACUAAAAAGUGAAGGUUGGCUGGACAGCUGCUGGGUUACCUGGACCAUCAACAAUCUCACACCCCUCACCCUUUGCCUGGGUUUUUCCAACUCCGCCAUCAACCCUGUGCUUUACUGCUUCCUUGGGAACCAUUUCCGGGGUCAUCUUGGGAGCCUCUGUAAGGGCCUGUGUGCUUGUUUAAAGGCCCGCGGGGAGGAGCACAGUCGAAAGAGAGGCUCCUUCAGCACCAGGCUGAGCUCCUUCUCUCGAAAACUCAGUGACCUCAAGGACCUAGCGAUUGUGGAGCCCUCUGGCCCCUCUUAGCAGCACAAACUCAUUCAACUUCAAAAGGCUUUGUUCAUUGGUUUCACACCAAAAGAAUGGAUGUCAAAAGACUACUUAACUCUAAUGAGAACUAAAAACUAAUUGAGUCAAAUUCCAGUGGAGCACAUUAUAUAGCAAUCAAAUAAAUGUGACACACAAUGAAAAAGGAAGGGUAAAAAAAUCUAAAUGUGAUUCAAAACAACCAAAAUGGCAUAGAAAAAACAACCGAAAACAACCACAAAGAAUUGCCAAAUUCUUUGGAGCACAAAGUGAUGACUCAAAAUGAUGAAAAUGUGAAAAUGAUGUGACCAGAUGAAAGGUGAUGCAGCUCUCACCUCAAUGUUAAGCUUUUUUCAGUUUUCCAGAUCUUUACUGUUAACAGUUAAAAUUUGAACAACGUAGUUGUGUUGCUGUUAUCUGUUAUCUACAAGCAUUGUUUUUGGCAACAGCAGGCAGCUCUUUUUUUAUUGAAAAAUCUUCACUGUACAGUACCAACUUAUCAACAUGCAGUGAUAGCAUUAGCUUGUUGAGGUUUGAAAGCUUUUAGUGGUUGAAGCACAAGAAUUGCAACAACCUAUUGUCACUUCCUCCUCACAUACCUUCCCAAUAUCUUAAAAAACAUGAAUACUAUCACCAUCUAGCCUUCUGACUUUUGUAUGAGGUCCAUGUCAGGUGUUGAUAGCCUAACACAAAAUGAUAUUUACCUGUUGCUGUUUACUAUAGACACAGAAGGAUAAAUAUAUGUAAUAGUUAAGCAGUUCCCAGUGCAUCAGAAAAAAACACUAAAUGGGAACUUCAUGUGUUCAAAAAAACCAACAUCAGGGCCCCUUGACCAAGAGACACUAGCUUACGUGAUGAAUUAAGAAUGUGUUGGUUAACAAAGAGCAAAAAUUUAGACAAAUGUUACCCCCCAAAAAGAUUAAAUAACUUAAACAUGAAUACAAAUAAAGAAAACUGCCAGGUUUGUAAAUUAUCAAUGGUUUUCUAACAGGUUUGUUACUUGUAACUGUACAAUAAGUUGUUAUGCUAGGCUAAGCUAACUUUGUACCAUGUACAUGUAAGAACAGAUUUCUUUUUUGUUUCUCAUUUAAAGCUUGAUUCACUAAACUGUCUCAUUCAUUUAAAACACAAACAAUAAUAUGCUAAGAUGUCGGAUAUUCAAAAUUAAAUAACUGAGUUAUCCAAAAGUAUUUGGUAAAUUCUCCUUUGGCUAAGGCUAGCUGUGGCUAUCCGUGAGCAUGCUCUAACUAUUAUGGUUUAUAUUUUUUCAGAUGUUGAAUCCUAUAGUUAAUUAAGUUUUACAUUUCAUUAAGAUAUUUAAUAUUCCAACACAAAUGUCAAAACAUGAUAUUCAGCUAUAAAUGACAUUACAGGUGAACAUGUUUGCUUGAUUUAGGCUAUAAAGAGCAGAUCUAGCUGAUAAAACGUGAGCUGCAGCUAUAGUAUAAAUUAAUUAUGUAUAUUACUUGUCAUUGCUACUUUUUCUUUUCUUUUGUGGGAAAGAUAUUAUGUUUGUAAUCACCAUGUAAUCACCAUUUUAUUGUAAUAUUUUGUACAGCCAAAUUCAAUAAUGAAUAAAGUAAUCAAAAAUUUCCCCCAAAA